UUCUCAUUGGCGCGAAGUAUGUAUAACUUUUCCACAAAAAUGACGAAUAAAAAAAUAAUUAAUUGGUUCAAACAAAAGGAUUCCUUUCAAAAGUUAUCGAUUACAUGGUUCUGUCAAGAUCAGCUGUGAUCAGUGACGAUCAGCUGUUAUUUGUGUUUAUAAAUGAAAGCUGGUGCCAGAUAUUACAUUUAAAAGAAUGUUAAUUAUUAUUUAAGAAAUAAUUAAAUAAAUUUAAUUAGUAGUUUUAGGAAUAUUGAAUAAAAAUGAAUGCUAAAGUAUAUCAGCCAGAUCAAGAGCUUGAAACGAAGGUUAAAAAAGCUACUGAAAGGAUAUCAGAAAAUAUGCACAUUGUUGCUAAUGAGCCUUCUUUAGCAUUCUAUCGUUUACAAGAACAUGUGCGAAAAGCUUUACCUCCAAUGGUGGAAAAACGUGUGGAAGUCAUUGCACUUCAACGACAACUCCAAGGACAUUGCUAUGAUGCAGAAUAUGCUGUUAGUGCCAUAAAAACAAUGCAAAGAGCUGAGAAAAAUUUUAGUAAUACUCUCGAAUAUUUAAAGAAUGCAAUUCAUUACCGACAACAAUUAAAGUUUGAAGAACAGAGAAAAAAUAAGAAAGAUGGUCAAAGAGAUUCAAUGUAUAAACGAUUAUCAGCACAUAUUACGACAUUAGAUUAUUUACCUGAUGAAAUAUCAGAUGUAGUAAGAGAAACUGCGAACAAAGUGGAAUCAAUGAUGAACAGUGCAAGACAUAAUAAUAGUGAAUCACAAAAAGCAAAUACUACUCAAAAUCAUUGAUAAAUUAAAUCAGAUCCGAUCAAUUAAAUCAAUGAAUUAUAAUAUUUAAAAUAAGCAUAAUUCAUAUUAUACAUAUAAGAAUAAUAGUUUAUAAUAUUAUUGUUACCAAAACAAAAUGAAUGGCUAAGGCAGGUAAAUGAAUAACAGAAGAAUUGAAAUUCAUUAAAUUCUAGUAAUUUAUCUUAAUUGUGAAUUACUUCAUCUAGUUAUUAUUAUAGAAAAAUUUGUAUUUAUCUAAAUCAAAAAA